AUGCCGACCAACGAAGUACAAGCCGACACCAUCGACGAGAACCAGCGCAAACAUGCCCUCGUCAGCUCUUGGUUUCUCGGCCCGCAGGCCGAGAACCUGGACACCCUACAAUGUGUCUUCAAAAAAGUCCUCGAGCGCCACAAACAGACCCGGGUCGAACUCACAGACGACAAGGAAAAGUACCUCUUCAUUACGGAGGACAUGAUGAAAUUAAAAGAUUACCAGGAAAGCAUUGAGAGGCUCAGCAUGGACUCGGCGGACCUAUCGGACAAGCUGGCCAAGCAUUCCGUACCGUUCUGGUCGCCACGGUACAAUGCGCAUAUGAACAUGGAUACCACGCUGUCGAGCAUCAUUGGAUACAUGUCGGCCAUGAUUUACAACCCCAACAAUGUCGCCACCGAGGCAAGCCCAUACACAACCGAAGUCGAGAGGCAAGUCGGCCAGGAGCUUUGUCAGAUGCUGGGAUACAAUAACCCGCACGAAGAUCCUGCCCCCUGGGGGCAUAUCACCUGUGAUGGGUCCGUAGCCAAUCUCGAGGCCAUCUGGGCAACGCGAAACCUCAAGUUCUACCCAUUUUCCCUCAAGCUCGCCAUUGAGAAAGGUCCACUCAGGUUUCUCAGCACCGUCGAGCCGCCCUUCAUCGUUGAAACGUGCAACGCAGGAUCGAAGGAGUUCCUGAAACUCACCAAGGAGGAGCUCUUAAACCUGACGCCCUCCACGGUGCUCUCAAUCCCCACCCUGUUGGGUGAGAGGUACUCCAUCAGCUCGGGCUUCCUGCAGGACGCGCUGAGGCCGUAUCUGGUCCAGACAACGGGCAAGGACGACCUGGAGCGCAAGUUCGACAUUAACCAUGGAAAGUACAUGAUAUGUGCGACAAAGCAUUACUCCUGGCCCAAGGGCGGAGCCAUCUCGGGCAUUGGCUCCGAGAGCUUCGUCGACAUCGACGUCGACAACGAGGCCCGGAUGAACGCGGACGACCUCAGGACAAAACUCGACAAGUGCAUCGAAACGAAGACCCCCAUAUUCGGCGUCGUCGCCAUCAUGGGCUCCACAGAGCACGGCGCGUGCGAUCCUCUCGCCGAUAUCAUCAAGAUCCGCGACGAGUACCAAAAAGAUAGAGGUGUGUCAUUCGCAGUCCACUGUGAUGCCGCGUGGGGUGGCUACUUUGCCUCGAUGCUAAGGGACCGCUAUCGCGGCGGUCCGGGCGACACCCCGUACGUGCCGGCGAUACCCCUGAGUCUGUACACCAAGACGCAGCUACAGGCCUUGAAGCAUGCGGACAGCAUCACGAUCGAUCCUCACAAAUCGGGAUACAUCAACUACCCUGCUGGCGGCCUCUGCUACAAAGACGGGCGCAUGCGGUAUCUCCUCACUUGGACGAGUCCCAUCGUGUUUCACGACGGCGACGACCAGGGCAGUAUGGGCGUCUACGGUGUUGAGGGAAGUAAGCCCGGCGCAUCAGCCGUCGCUAUCUGGCUUACCCAUCGGUCGCUGGGCCUUGACAAGGACGGCUAUGGCAGGCUGCUGGGCGAGGCCAUGUUUUCGUGCGCAAAGCUCUAUUGCCACUGGGCCACAAUGGCGCCGAGGUACAAAGAUGAACUCGAGCACAAAGUGCCCGCUGACGCCCUCAUCAUUGCGCCUCUCAUCCGUCUCCCUUCGGAGAGAACAGCGGGCGGGGAUGUUGAGGCCCAGAAAGACUACAUCCGAAAGAAGAUCCUCGGCCGCGACAACAAGACACUGUUCGAGGACAAAGAGGCCUGGAAGCUGUUGUGUGAGCUAGGAGGCGAUCUCAUGAUCAACGCCUUUGCGACCAAUUUCAAAAUUGGCGACGAGGUGAAUCAGGAUGUGGGCGAAGCCAACUACCUCAACCAAUGGAUCUUUUCCAAGCUCUCCGUCUCCUCCGAGAAAGACGUGGUCAGCGAGCGACCACUCUUCCUCACAUCAUCUGAGUUCGGCGAGGAGCCGUACGGCAGGUGUCUCGAGACCUUCAAGCUCCGCCUGGGUCUCAAAACAACUGACCAAGAAGGGAACGUCAAACCCUCGCGAGGCGACCUGCGCUUCCUGGUCAACGUGACCAUGAGCCCGUGGCCGACCAGCCCCGACUUCAUGAGUGCCAUGGUUAAGGACUUCCGCAAGGUGGCCGAGCGCGGUAUCGAGCGCUGCCUCAUCCGCAACACGCGGACCCCCGGCUUCCACGGUUUCGUCGUGCAGGGUUUAGAAAAGACCUACUUCACCCACAUCGCCAUGUUCAACAAGGCCAACCACCGCAAGCAACUCGUCAUUGCGGCCGACCUCCCCGCGAAUGUAUACGCGCUGUACAAGGAGGAGCGCGGCAAGAACCCCGGCCAAUUCUACACCAUCGCCAACAUGGAGAAGGAGAAACUUGACGACCUGCUCGCGGGCCUGCUCAAACCCGAUACAGCGUCCAAGCUCAAGUUCAGACUGGACAAGGGCAUACCCGCGGUCGAGAACCCCCUAGCGCCGGUGGAGGAGGGUUUCACGCUCAGCAAUGUGCGGGUGGUGGUUGAUGAGUCAAUGGCGUUUGCCGCGCUGGAUGCCGACUACCCGACCAAGAUGCCCUUCUACCUCUACGGCAGCAAGAGGGAGGUGCACAUGGACCAUGUUCUUAAGACGGCGCCGAACGCGCAAAUUAGCGCUGAUCUGGUCGAGACGGAUUUGACUGCACACCUCACUGACGAGCAGCUCAAAAAUGGACUGGUUGUUGUGUUGGAUGAUGUGUUUGAAGCUAGCCUCCAGCCUCUGCCGACAACAGUACAACAAGUGGACAAAAAGAAGCAUAUCCUUAAUCUUAAUGCCCCGGGCUUCUCCCUGACGAAGGAGUUUGACCACAAGGCGUCUGUGUACAAGACGUACGAGGAGGCGAAGAGUGGAGGGGGUAAACCCAUUGCCACGGGGAUCAUCAGCAUCGGCGACACAGUCUAUGCUGACUGGGAUGAUGUCAACAUGGAUCCUGCUGCUGAGAAUGAGGACCAUCAACACUAA